AUGAAGCUCAAGUGCUUAGCUCUGUUGGUUGGCACAUUGAUCUUUGUAAGCGCACAGGGAGAGUCAGCAAAUAAACAUAUUAAAUACAAUGUCAUUGGACUUUUAAGCUCAUCGCAGUCAAUGGGCGUCAUUGUGGAUAAUGUUACUUAUCCCUUGGAACUCAGUUCGCCGAGCACAAUUUUGUAUACCGGUAAUGCACCUGUAGCUAGACAGGGUUACAGAUACACCAAGAUUAUAAAAGUAGACAACAGCACCAUCAGCGAGUCAUUCCUUAGAUCACCUAUAGAAACCAACACUCUGAAUGAAUUUUUCAAUAGAACAUGGAAUAGGAAGCAAGUUGCUUCAUUACCUACUGUAUACAAACCACUGCCGUUUAUUCAUCGCAUCUCUUCCGACCUACAUCGCGAAGGAGAAAUCCCUACCAUACACAUUAUUGCCAAUGAAUCAGAGAUUGCUGCUAUGCAUAAUAAUUUCACACAAGAUAUCGAAGUCAUGGCCAGCUUAUCCUACGUGUCUUUAAAUGACAGCUUGACUUUUAAAAACGUUGGGUUCUCUAUUUCAGGUUUCAGCUCCAGAUGGAUGCCCAAGGCCUCCUAUAACAUAAAAUUGAACGAGGAAGACACUAUCUAUGGCUAUGGGCGAAUCAAGUUGAGAGCCAUGGCAACGGAUCCAUCUUAUAUCCACGAGAAGGUUGCUUAUGACAUGGUCAAGUCUUUAGGUCUUAUUUCAACCGAUUUUUCUUACUGCCGUGUAUUUUUAAAUAAUCAAGAGAUUGGUUUAUUUGGCUUGAUCGAAACAUUUCAAGAACCUUGGUCCGCUAAUGUAUUUGCUAAUGGAAACAAAGACUACAAGAGCGGCAAUCUCUAUCAAGGCACAGGCCAAGGUAUGAAUAACACUGGUGGUUUAAAAUACCAAAGUAACUUGACUAUAUACGAGAAUGGAUUAUAUAAGGCAAAGGCUGGCAACAAGAAUGAUUAUGUUCCUCUUCAAGAGUUGACCAAGUUUAUUGCUGAUGCUCCUGUUAGUGGCCCUGAUGCAGUAGCUACCUGGAAGUCAAAGCUGGAUAUGGACUCUGUUAUUCGUGCCAUGGCGCUUGAAAUUCUUAAUGGCUAUGACGACGGAUACAUAUUCAAUGCCAAUAACUAUUAUAUUUACCAAGAUCUCUCAUCCAACAGGUACAUCUAUAUCCCAUCAGACUUGGAUAUGACCUUGGGCUUUUCUAUGGGUGACAUAAGGCCUUUAAUAACCGGCAACUACUCAACCUUUCCCCAAAUUUACAAUCGCCCAUUGACAAACAAAAUGCUUCAAAUUCCAGAGUUCAAGCAGCAAUUUGAAGAAACAUUGAUUAACGUUACCAAGCUUCUUGUCAAUCCUGCGGCGACUAAUGAUUUCAUUAACAGUCUUGUUGAGAUGAUACAAGAAGAUGUUGCUUGGGAUGCUCAGGUUCCUCGUGUGGGCCGUGCAAUUACUGGGAUGUUGGAUAUAUUAAACAUACCAUCUGCGAAUGGAAGAGCUCCUCAAGAUCUUGAUAUGGACAUGUUUUUACGUGCAGUUGCCUCACCCCCAAUAGUUGGUAUGAAUGGCAUAAACUUUAGCUAUGUCCUGGAGGAUCCUAUUGCCUUUAAUCUAACACGUGAUCUUUUUACUGUAAUCGCCAAGGGUUUACCUCUUUCACAAGCAGUCAAUGGCCCUACUAAUAACAGUGCGUUUAUGGGAGUUAAAGACUUUAUCUACACUAUUAGCCAAAACAUCGCUAAAUUUUUUAAUUUUACUUUAAAUUAAACGCAUUAAAUUUAUUCAUAUGUU